UCGAAAAACUAUGGCCGCGGCCUAAUAUUUUAGAGGUCCAAUGCGCCGAUAGUAGGCGACAAAUUGUGAUUAUUUUGCGAUGGACAUGCCUCUGUGUCUUCGCCCGUGUGUGCAGUGACGAUGGACUAAAAUGGAGGAGGAACGCCAGAAGAAACUAAAGGCCGGACAAGAAAUGUUCGCCGAGAAGCGGAAGCGACUCCAGCGGCGCUCCCAGCAACAGCUGCCGUCGCCGGUCGCCGAGGGAGCUUCGCUGACGCCGUCGGCGGACGACGUUCAGGGCGACGGAGGAGGGCCCGGCCACCGGGGCGCCUCGACGCCGACCCUGUCGCUCAGUCCCACCAGCGACGCCAACGUGUCUCAGCCUGCAUCGAGCGAGAGCGUGAGCUUCAACACUAGUCAGUCCAGUGCUGCAUCUUCUGCCUCACCCAAUUACUGCCAAAAGCCUGCUUCGAAUGAGAGCAUCAGCAAUGGGAUGGAUGCUGGCCUGAACAACAGCUAUGGCAGCUCGGAGGUUUCUUUCUCGUCAGACCUGCCCAAAAAGGACCGAAUGCCAUCGGCCAAAUCAAGCGAUACCUCCGUCAAUGAAGCACUUAGCAAGCACAAAAGGAAGAUCGGCGAGAUGCAGCGGGAGCUGGCCCGGCGGGAGGACCUGAUCCGCCUGCUGUCGGGGCGCCUGGAGGAGGCACUGCGCAGCCGGGAGCAGGUGCAGAGGGAGGCGUCGGUGCAGGAGCAACAGCUGGCCACUGAGAUCUCGUCCCUCAAGCUGGAGCUCACCACGUGUAUGCAGCUACUCGCGGGGCAGCAGACGGCCACGGGGGGCACGGCCACGGACGAGCAGGUGGCGUCAUUGCAGCAGGCACUUCAGUGUCGAGACGAGCAGGUGGCACAGCUUCAGCAACAGUUGGAAGCUCAGGAACAGCAGAUCACGGUCCUGCAGGACAUCCGGGCAGACCUCCUGGGCCGCCUGACCACAGUGCCUGUCUCCACAGAGCAGAGCAACCUCUCUCAUGGCAGCGAGCAUCUCGAAGGAAAUAGCCACAGUCGCACCGACCUGUCCAGAGACGCGCCCCAGCUUCCGUCGGACGUCAGCUGCAGAGGCGAUGCACCGUCGGGGCUCGGUCCGCUCUAUCUCGACCUCGGCGGUGGAACCGUGAACCACUCAAGUCCCGAACCGGCGUUCCGCCAUCCAGACACGCUCCAAGAACUGCCGUCGCCAUUCCUCUCCCCGAUCCGAAAGUCGGAGAAGGUGGAAGACUGGCAACACGCCGACGAAAACCUGCUCCUUGGCUGCAAGGAGAUCAUCUGCAGGCAGCUCUCUGACUGGAUCACUGCCCGAUCCCUGUCUGUCGACAACUAUCGGGACAUCGUCGCAGUCUUCAAUGACAUCAAGCAGUUUGCGGUGCGGGGGCUCCACUACUGCGCCGCAUGCGAGAGCGCUGGCGUUGCCGCCCUCGACCCGUCCAGCUUGCUCAAUGAGGUGGCCGCGCUCCAGUUCAAGGUCGCCCAGCUGGAAGAAGAGGUGCGCAAGUCAGCAGAUGAGGUCGAGAGUGUGAGGAUCGAGAACGCAUCCCUGCGAAAAGGGUCGCUGGAAGCGGAGGAGGCACUCAAGGUGCUCCGACGCGAGCACAGUCUGGUGGACAGCCUCAGCUGCAUCAAGGAGAGCGAGUACAAACGUGCCAAGGAAGAGGUGGAGGGGGAGAGCCUACUGGAGGUGUACGAGCUGCAGACGGAGUGCAUUCGGCUGGAGCAGGAGAAGAAGGCGCUGCAACAGCGGACGCGCCUCUUGUCCGGCAGCGAUCGGUCACCCACCAUUUCGCCCGUUCCUCCCCUGCUGCCCACUGACAGGGUCCGUCACAACUCUGCGGUUCAGACGGAUGCAGUUCAAGAGCUGCCGCUUGCACCGUCUCCGCUCGUAGACGCAGCAGAGGCUGCCAUCGGCAAAGUGGUAGAUGAGAAGUCAGUUAGCAAAGCGGUAGACGAGAAGUUGUCAAUGCAGUCAGAUGCAAAGCUGAUGGCAGCCGAACUCGAGCAUGCUCUCAACGAGCUGCGGAGGCUGGGAGAAGAGAAGGGAGCGUACGACGCGCUUGUCGUCGAGAACGUCCGCAUCUCGGCGGAGAAGGAGAGGGCAGAGAACGACCUGGCAAUUGUGGAGGAGCGGCUGAAGGGUGCAGAGGAUCUCAUCGAGAAGCUGAGGCAUGAGCUAGACGUGGAGCACAGUGGCCUCGAAGUGCUUGUGGCACGAACGGAGGAGCUUCUUGGUGGUGGCGACGCAAUGAGCGACGAGCGGCGAACCUUGCUCGAGAACCAGAGCCUCAAAUGCCAGGUGGCACUCUUGAGUGGCAAGCUUGAAAGGGAGCAGGACUUCUCAUCGGCGCUCAAGAGCCACGUGCAGUGCCUCGUGUCGAGGGACAAGGUCUUGCAGAAGACCGUCAAGGACCUCACCAACCGUCUGCUGAGCAGCGGAGAGAAGCUCAGGAAGUCGCUGGAGAAGUGCAGGGAGACUAACCUGGCUCUCAUGAAGUCGUCGGCUCAAGCAGAGUGCCUAGAGGCAGAACUCAAAAGGUUGAAGGAGGGUCUGCUAGGUUCCUCUUUCGCUUCAAAAGAGGAUCACGGGGAAGGGCCUUUCGAAAGCAAAGGGGUGCCAGGCCCUUUCGACGAGAAAACACCGGUGUGUGAACAUGGCGACUCUUUCGCAUCUUACCCGAACAGUUAUAACUUGGAAGGUUCUGUGCAAGAAGCGUGCAGCGUGGAACUGGUUGAUCGGCUUCGAGUUGAGCUCGACGUCAAAGAGAUGCAGCUAAGGAGUCAAGAGUUGGAGCUGCGGUCACUGCAGCAGUUGGAGCUGUGUGAUUUGCGGGUGCAGUUGCACCGAGAGCACUGCCUGCGCCUGGCAGACGUGCUGUCCUCUGUGAGGGCCUCCUGCCACCAGGAGCUGGUGGCCUUCCAGCGGUCUGCUUCCAGGAACGCCGCUCUGGAAGCACUCAAAUUGAAGGAGAGCCAUCAAGGCGACAUUGCAGCACUCAAACGACAGCACAAGGAGCAGCUGGAGCAGCUGAGGAGCAGACUGCAUGCUCCGGAGGUCCCGGCCCUGGGAAAGGAGGAAGAGGUGCUGGAGGAGCUGAGGCUGAGGCAGCAGCGCGACUACGAGCAGCUGCUUCCUCGGCUGGACCCUGAGCUCCAAGUUCAGCUCCAGGGGCUGGUGGCCCUCACCCUCAAGAUACACCACGUGGAGACCGAGCAGGCCAUGGCCAGGACCCAGGAAAGGAUGACAAGCGAAAAGAACCGUCUGGUGGACCUGCUUUCGACCUGUAACCAGGUGGACCGGGAAGCGCUGGAAGCUAAAUUGGAGCACGACCAAAAGUUGGCCCUCAGGGACCAGUACCAGGCAUUCCUGGAUACCCAGGAGAGGUCUAUGACGGGGACCGUGGAAGCUGUUGAAGAGCCGCCGGCAUUUGGGAGCCUCCUGGAGAGUGACCAUACAGUGGAGGGGCUGUUGGCUUUGCUAAGGGACCGACUCAACAAGCAGUUCUACACCAGCAUCAGCAAACUGAGCGGUGAAUGGAGAGACAAGUACAUGUCCGUCUUCAUGUCGGAAACCGACCCGCAAGAAUCGCCUGCAGAGAACAUGUCCCAUGAAGUGAUUCAGGGCUUGAAGAAGCAUCUCGAGUGUGCCAGUGAGGCAGAGCAGCUGAUCAACUCUUUUCACAACCUGAGCGACGGCAUGCGCAAGGAGAUCCUGUCGACUUUGGAAGAAACUCUGCGCCUCUACCACAAGCUCUCGAAAGAGACCAACGCAGCAUCUGAGUUGGAGCGCUAUCGAAGCCUCUAUGAGCAGCUGUCUUCCGGCGCACCCCUUGACCUGGAGUCCUUGCAUCAGAAGCAAGACCUGCAACUGAAGACCCUGAGAGCGAGUCUAGAAGAACGCUUCUCUCAAGAGAAGACACUCCUGCUCUCGGAACAGGUCACAAGGACAAAGGAGCUGUUGAAUCGUCACGAAGCGGACCUGAAGGCAGCUGAAGAAUCCGCGGAAGCACGGAUGGCUGCAGAGCGUCGUAGGUGGAUGGAGGAGCUGGACGUGCUCCGCAGCUGCUUCCUCGAAAAGGAAGAAGAGGGCAGGAAGCGCGAGGCCAAGAUGGCAGACGACAUGGCAGCCAUCGUCAACAGGCAUGGCGAGGAGCUGCAAAAGAGAGACGCCAAGAUGGCAGACGACGUGGCGGCCAUUGCUGACAGGCACAAUGAGGAGUUGCAGAAGCUGUGUGCGGCGUUGGAGGAAGAGCGGCAAAAGGCAGAAUCGUUGCGAGACGCCUUGGGUGUCAUCGAGCACGAACGUGAGCAACUGGCUUCUCUCACAGAGGACAUUCAGACGAGUUCGGGUGAGGAAGACUUUGUGGCGAUUGUUCAAAGCGUGCUGGAAGAGAACAAGAAACUGAAAGAUGAUGUGAAGUCAGUUCGGGCUGAGUACGAAGGUAGAGCGCUGAAGAUUCAGCAAAGAGUGGACGAGGUUGAGGCGCAGUACAAGCAGAAAGUCGAAGAGUUGGUGCUGGCACAAUCGCGUCAGGAGGAGGUUUUGAAGGCAAAGGACGAGGACAUGCAGCUGCUGAGGCAUGAGCUUGAGCAUUACGCAGAUUCCGUGGAGGCGUUGAAGCAGGAACACGAGGCUCAGUUGCAAGAGUUGAAAGAGAGGUUACGAGCCGAGUACGCCGAGCUUGCAGGCUCGCUGAAUGUAGAAGGUAGCGACAUCGGGUCAUUGAAGGACGCACUCCACACUGCGAUAGAGAGUGUGAGGUGCGACCACGAGACGGAGAUACGGCAGAUCAGGCGUAACCUCGACACCGAGCACAACCUCAUUGCAAACUCCAUCAUGGCACAGUAUGACCUUGACCUGGAGGCACUAAAGAACCGGUACGAAGGUCAGCUCAGUGCCUUGAGGGAGCAGCACUCAGCGGAGCUGCAGAGGCUCGCUUCAGAACGUGUGUGCGCGGUCGAUGAGCUUAGCACAAAGCACGCCAUGGACAUGCAGCAGCUGAAGCUUGACCUGGAGGGGUACUACAACGAAGUGGUGGCAUCUCUAAGAAAGGAGGGUGCUGCGAAGGUGAAGGAACUUGAGGAGAGGCUGCAGAAUGGGGGAGGGCAGAAGGCCGUGACAACAUGUGAUAGAGAGACCGAAACGUCGGAGGCAGAAAUCGCGUCUGUUGGGGAAGUGACCUCGGCAGGGGAUGCCAACGAGAAAGAAGGCCGCAAGGUUUUGAAUGUGGCAGAUCCGAAGUGGGACGUCGAGGACUCGAUAAAUGUCAGGAGCAGUGCCAAGGAGGUUUCCCCAGAAUGGUCGGAUGUGUCCGUUGAAGACAUCCUGUACGAACGCACCGAGCUCACACGAAGGAUUCGGAGCCUCACUGCUGUUGUUGACCAACUGCAGGCCGAGAACAGAGACCUCAAAGAGCAGCUCAACAAGGCCAACGAACUCUCCGUGAAAGAAGCGAGGGCAUCGUCACGAUCACCCAGGGAGUGGCUUGCAGGCUCAGGGCUGACAGCCAAUGAGAUUCAGUCUUGGCAGCUGCACACAGCGCAGACCAACACGCGUCUGCUGAAUGUGCUGUCUGACCUGGUGAAGACCUAUGUGGACACAGAGCAGGACAUCCAGGAUGCACUGGCACAGCUGGGGCUAUCCCGGGUGGACUCUCCCGACUCUACUGCUGUGCUCGACGAAGACUACUCCAGCCUCGGCGCCGUGAGCAGCCAGACCCACGGGUCCAAGGAGGACUUUGCUGAGGGCUUCCUGUCGGAGCUGUGCGAGGACGGCCCAGAUCUGACCCCCCGGACGUGGGACAUGUUUGCCUCGGCCAUCGGGAUGCAGGAGACAGCAGAGAUGGAGGGGGAGGACGUCGUGCUGGGGGCGAGCCGCCGCCUGCGCACGGCCGUAGACCGCGUGCUGAAGUUGCUGGGGGAGGUGGCGGAGCACCGGGGGGAGGACUUCCGCAGCCUGGUGCAACGCAACAGAGACCUCUGCCAGGAGCUUCGGCAGGAGAGCCAGCUGCACAACCAGCUUUGCAUGGACCUCAUCAAUGCACAGGGGACGGUGCGCAGCCUUGAGCUUGAGAAGCAGAAGCUGGAGGAGACGGUGUUUGCGCUGGAAGAGAGCAGGACCCAGCUGGAGCGGGAGCUGAGGUUUGCCAAGGCCAAGGUCCAGCGGCUGGAGGACGCCCAGGACGACCUGGCCGAGGAGCGGCUGCUGCUCAGGGAGCAGCGCAGCCUCCUCCAGGAAGGCCUGCAGGAGCCACAGCUCAGACUCUUAGAGGAGCACACACGGCUGAGUGAAGAGAAGCGGCAGUUGCAGCGCAGCCAGGACCAAGAGAAGCAGGGGCUGCUGUGCCGCGUCGGGGAGCUGGAGGCAGCCCUGGAGGAGGCCUGCCUGCAGCGGGAGGAGGUGCUCGAGAUGCGCAGGCAGGAGCUGGCCGACCUCCAGGCGCAGAUUGACGCCAUGGACAAGCAGCUGCUCUCGCACAAGAAGUUCAUUGAGGAGCAGACUCAUGAGCGUGAGCAGGAGCGAGAGGAGUCUGCCCAGGAGAUCUGCCAGCUGCAGGAGGCCCUCAGGGACAAGGAGAAGAUUCAGAACUGCGAGCAGAGGCUCUCAAAGGAGAUUGAGUGCCUAGAGCAGCAACUGAAGAUGCGGCUGGAAGACCACGCCUUGGUGCAGCGCAAGCGGGAUCAGCUGGAGGAUGAAGUGCGCUCAAGGGACGACAAGAUCCAUGACCUCCGAGACAUCAUCCGAGACCUUGAGUCGGAACUGGCUACCAGGUCGCGUGCAGGGCACGAAUUGACUCAGAAGGUGUCCAGCCUGCAGGAGGCACUAGCCGAAGCGGAAAGAGCGCAGGCUGCUACCCAGUCCGAGCUGGAACGGAUGAAGGGAGGCAGCCUGGCCCACCCCGACCUACACCGCCACGUGCAGCAGCUCGAAGAGCAGCUCGAGUCCCGCUCUCUGGAGCUCGAGAAGAUGGCCCAGUUCCAGUCCCUGCUGCUGGAGUUCAGGACACAGGUGCGCUCCCUGGAAGACAAGGUCCAGAGCAAGAUCGCGCAGCACCAGGACCUGCACGUCUCCCAGCGUAAAUUCCUGGAGGCCCCUGGCCCCCUGCUGGGGCCCGGCCGGGACGGGGCCCUGUUGGGCACCAGCGAGGAAGGGGAGGGCCCCAGGCCCCUGUCGGCAGACGACAUCCGGGACCUGUCCCCCAGCGCCCUCCAGUGGCAGGAGCUGAGGGGUUUGGAGGAAAAGGUGGACACCCUGUCAAGGGCGGCAGAGGAGCUCUUCCGCGAGCGGAACAGCCUCCGCGACCAGCUCAGGGCAGCAGCGAGGGAGAGGGAGGAACUGGAGCAGGAGCGUCAGACGCUCCAGGAGCACAGUCAGCGCCAGCUGCUCCAAAUGUCUGCACUGAAAGCACACGUGGAAGACUGCCGCCUAGGGCUGUCCCCCGCCGUUGAGAAUGGAGGCCCCGUUGUGAAGCAGCUCCGGCAGCUCAGGCACGACCUGCUCAUCGAGAAGGAGGCCCGCGAGGACGCCGAACAGAAGCUGCAGCUCAGCAAUGAUCAGGUGUCCCACCUGCAGAGAAAACUGAGCGCUCAGUCGGAGAGGGCGGCCAGGCAGCGCGAGGCGGUCAGGCCGUGUCGGCACGUGGCCACACUCACCAGUGAUCACAGGGAAGCCCAUAAGCACCAGGCUACAUCGACCUCGACGGGAGUGGAGACGGAGUUGACGCUGGAACAGGUGGGCAGGCUGGAGGAAGCCCUCUCCAAAGUGGACCAGCUCCGCGAGGAAGCCAGGGAGACAACCGCGGAAUUGGAGGACCUCCGGGCCACGUGCAAGAUCCACAAGAACGACAUCGAGAGCCUAAACGCAGCCCAGGACCAGAGGCUAACAGGAGCUGCAAAGACUGCCGCUGCGGAAGGGGCAAAGCUGGCAGAGGACUUUGAGGAGGUGCACAGCAUCCUAGAGGAGAGGGAGCAGGAAAUCCUCGAGCUGCAGCAGGAGGCAGAAACGCAGGUGGUGCUGGAGGCAGAGGUGCAAUCCCUGAGGGACUCCCUGGCACAGUGCCGGCAGGCGCACGCCGAGGAGUUGGCAAUGCUGCAGCGGGAGCUUCAGCGCUGCCAGCAGGCCCACGAGGCGGACGUGCACAGGCUGCACCAGCACAUGGAGGAGGCGCAGUGCCUGCACGCGCAGGUGCAGGAGACACUCCGGCAGGAGGUUGUGGCCCUCAGGGACCACCUGCUCGAAAGCAUGCCUCGAGACGAAGCCACCGCAGCAUUGAACAAGGCAGUCGCCGUCGAGCGAGAGAAUCAGCAGACAAAGCACCACGAGGAGAUCCGUCUGCUCGAGGAGACGUGGAGCGGCCGGCUGGAUGCGGAGCGACAGCGCCUCCAGCGCGAACAACUCCAGAAGCAGACGGACCUGGAACGCAAGUACCAACAGCACGCCCGGGCGCACUCGUGGAACAGGACCGACUUCGAGAAAGAGAUGGCCGCCCAGUUAGAGCAUGAGAUGGCAGCGCUCAACGUGCAGCACCAGGACGCGAUGGAGGGUGCCCGCCGACACUGGGAUGAAGAGAAGCGAGCGCUACGCGUGGCACACGCCGAAGAACUGCAGCGUUGCCUUGAGCAGCUGAGAGCAUCGCUGGCGAAGGCCCACCAGGAGGAAGUUGCGGAGCUGAAGCGGCGGAUGCGGGACGCUGCCAAGCAGCACGAAGCCGAGAUGCAGCGUGCGGCCAAAAGUUGGGAAGAACGGAUCAGGGAAGAGCGGCGCACGGCCAACGAAGGUACAAGGGGCCACCCGGACGCGGAGCUGGCGGAACUCUGGAGCCGCGGCGAUGUCCGCGAGUUCCUGGGACGCCGCGUGAACGAGGAAGUGUCACGACUGCAGCAGCUGCACGUGCACGAAGUGGCCGUGCUGAGGAAAGCGCUGGAGAAGCGGGAGGCCGACGCGGGAGUUGAAGCGACCAGUUUGAGGCUGGAACAGGAGCACACGACUGAGGUGGCCAGGCUCCGGAGCGAAAUGGCCGAGAUGCUGAGGGAAGAAGAGCAGGCGCUGAAUGCGAAGGCGGCCCAGCACAUGGCCGCGGCCGAAGCCGAGUUCCGUCUGGAGAAGGAGCGACUGGUGGAGAAGCACAGCGAAGAGAUGAGGCAGUUGCAGGCGGAGUUUGAGCGGGAGAGUUCGGCUCGGGAUGCCGCGCAUCGAGAGCAGCUGCAGAGGGUCGAGACGAACGUGAAGGGCAUUCUGGAGGCCGAGAGGGGCAGUGCCAGGCUGCAGCGAGAGCAGCUGGUCUGGAAGCUGCAAGGUCAGCAUGCCGACGAGGUGAAGGCUCUCAGGUGCGCACAUCAGCAGGAACUGGCCUCUGUCAAGGACGAACUGGACCGGGCGAAGCUGAAGCUACGGGCGCGCAAGAUCUCCGCCCUGGUACAGUCUCGUGGCGGCACACCGGUCUCGGACAACGGCAGCAGCAGUGUCGGAUCAGGCGGCACGCUCGAGGACAGAGGCUCCCAGGACUCUGUGCUCUCGCCUCCUCUGCGCAACCUGCUCAACAAGAUCUACCGCGACCAACUCCAUGUGCUCUCUAUGACGGAGCGCCAACUCCUCCAACGCCAUCUGACACCCUCUCCCGAGCGCCACAAUGCACCGGAGACCGCUGCCCCCGCCAACGGUGCUGUCCCCACGACGACCAUGGAGACACAGCACCUGCAUCAGCAGCUGCUGAGGGAGCGCGCUCAGCACAUGCAGAUGGUGAAGGAGCUUCAGCAGGAGAUUGCCCUGCACAGGGAACAGGCGGGUCAGAAGGAACGCAAGCUCAGGGACAGAGGUGAGUCCCAAGAGGGACAGCUGAGGCUGGAACGAGCGCGGUCGGAGGAACUUCAGCGCUGCCUGGACACCGAGGUCUCAAAGAGCCUGGAGCUGCUCUCUCAGCUGAACUCCCAGCGCUCUUCAGCGAUGGAGCUCGAGAUGGCGCUGGCCAGCUCCAGGUCCGACCUGAUGGACGCCCGGAGGAAGAUUUUGGCUGCCAAGCAGGAUGCCCUGCACUUCAAGGGCCUGUAUGAGGUGGAAAAGGAGAAGGCCCAGAGCAUGCUGAUGGCCCUGAAUGCAGAACGGGCACACUUCAACCAGCAGCAGGCCACCGCAGAGCUGGAGCGGCGGAGGACGGCCAUCAACCACGAGCGGGACCUCCGGAUCAUCAAGGACCUGAAAAGCUCCGUGUUCAAGCACUCUGUCACUGCAAGCCCCUUCACCGCUUCUCAUUCGUGGGCCCCAAGCGAAGUAGAAAGGCUGAGAGGUGGCGACCUCACCAAUGCUGUGACUCUCGACGGCAGCAGUGCGGUACCAACAAUGGAAUCCGCUGACAUUCAUGUGGACCACCGCAAGUGUGCCGAGGAGAGGCUAGCCCUGAGCCAGUCCCUGCUCAAGGCAGAGGAGGAGAUCUCUAGGCUGCGCGAGCUCGCCCUCUCUGCCAUGGAUAGCGGCAGGGGGGACAGCGGCAUGUCCCCCAUCGUCUGCAAACUGCUGCACAAGCUGUACUGGAAGUACCGCAAGACGGACAGCCUUCGCAAAGGCCUCGCCUACCAGAAGCAGUACCUGCUGGGGCUGCUGCAGGGCUUCCAGGCCACCGAGGAGCUGGCGCUGCGCAUGAUGGGACGGGGACGCACGCACCGCCGCCACCCACCGGAGGACGAGACCCUGCCACACCCGGUCGCGGAGGAGGGCGCCACCUGCUCACAAUCAUCCGGCUCGUGGCGGUCGCCCCGGUUUCGGUUCCGUUCAGCCGUGCUGCUGGUGGUGGCGCUGCAUCGCAUGCGGCACCUGGUGCACAAGUGGCGCCUGGCAACGUGCAUCCCGCCGGUGCCGGUGUUGCUGCACAAGGUGGAGCUGGCAGUGCGCACUGUGCCCAUGGCGCUGCAGUGGAGGGGAGGUGCCUCCGGGUCGGGGUUCUCGUUGGGCACUGCCCAAUCUUCCCAGUCGUCAGUGCACUCGAGCGGCGCCAGCUACCAGGGGACCCCCGGUGCCGCAGCACUGCCCAGGAGGACCGCCGCCCCGCUCUUUAGAAACCCAAGUUCUGCAUUGUCUCACCAAACAGACAUGAAGGAGUAUGUUGUGAGGCUAGAGAGCCUGCACAAACAGUUUGGACUCAGUGACCAGUGACCGGUUGAUGACAUGCCAAAAAGCUAAUUUAUAGAAUAAAUCGGCUCAUCGAAUUAUUCUGUAGAUACUGACGACGCAGGGAUGUCGGCGAGUGUCGAAGGGCAUAUAGGUAUAUUUUUUGCAACAUUUUUUUACGUUGAGUGCCGAGGGCACUAGAUUGCUACUGCUAGUAUUUUUCUUUUUAUAAAUUUAGGAGAGUUGUCUUUUUUACAAAUUCUGCGAGGUUUUCAUCGGUGUUUGUGCCUUGUGGGAAAGUAGCUUUGUAAGUCGUGCCUUACGUCUCGUCUGCUUUGUAUUUGCUCGAGAAUGAAUGUUAGUAUGUGUACAUAGCCACCAGCUGCCUUGGUGCAAAAACAUGUGCAUAAGCAUUGUUUGUGCUGAGGUAUGCGAUGUACCUGUCGCAAAUCCUCUGCCGCCGCUGGAGGGGGUCUUGUUCAUAUCACGAAAGCAUGUAGUAGUACUUUUUUUUUAUCACUGUUCGUUGGUUUUUACAUUGACAGCUGCCUUACAGAUAGUUAGGUCGACAUUUUACAGAUGUGCAAAGAUUUUUUUUAGUCUUGCCUCUACAAAUGGAGGAUGGGAACCUUUAUUUUGCCACGGAAUAAAUGUACAUAUACUAUCUUGGUUUUU